UUGCUCUCCAAGUGAUCUCCAGAGAGUAAUACCCAACGGGAUUUAUGCGCUACUGUCCACUGGCUUGUGGAUGUCCAAACAAACAAUGCACUUCUUUUAGCUUCAACGACAUCGUCAGAAACGCAUCUGAACCGAGUGAGAUCAUCAAAUCUCACGCACAAAGUAGAAGUUGCGCAAAGAAAUGGGAGAAGAAUUCGAAGAAUUUCUGCACACGAUGUUGCCCCCCUUGAACCUGAGAAUGAGUGACAUAUUGGAAAACGGUUACACCGUAAUUGACGACUUCCUGACUCCUGACGAGGUUAGUGAGGUACUGGAAGCAGGAAAAAAUCUUCACAAGGAUGCCCCGAAGGAGGAACGAAAAGUCUUUAGCACCAUCAAUUCCAGCAAAACUCAGAGCCGGGAUCAGUAUUUCAUAGAGAGUGGUGAUAAGGUUCGGUAUUUUUUCGAGGAAGGUGCUGUAGCAGAAAAUGGCGAACUAUUGGUUGAUCCUUCGGUGGCUCUGAAUAAAGUUGGGCAUGCUCUGCACACGGAUCAUGCCGUUUUCAACAAAAUCACAUUCUCCAACCGCGUGAAGGAAGUCUGCUGGCAGCUCGGAUUCCAAAAGCCAGCCGUUGCACAAAGUAUGUACAUUUUCAAAAAUCCAGGAGUCGGAGGAGAAGUCAAACCGCAUCAAGAUGCCACCUACCUCUACACGGAGCCCAGCUCAACGAUCGGUUUUUGGAUUCCACUGGAAGAUGCCACGCUACAGAACGGUUGCCUUCAUUUCAUCAACGGAUCGCACAAAAGUGGAGUGCAUCGAAGAUACCUCCGCAACCCGGACAAGUCAUCUCCAGAGCUUCUUAUUUACGACCGCCCUGACCCCCUCUAUCCGCGGUCCAACUUCUGCGCAACUCCGGUAAGAGCAGGCUCGCUGGUCCUCAUUCACAGUCAGGUGGUGCAUCGAAGCGACGCGAACCGAUCGGACCGUAGCCGGCAUGCGUAUACCUUCCACGUGAUCGAAACGGAAAACUCGACCUACUCCAGCGAGAAUUGGCUUCAACCGCCGACCGAUCAGCCCUUUCCGGUGCUGUACGAGAGAGAUUGAGCGUCAAUCUUCCACCAGAAGGAAAGGAAGAAGCCAUGUGCCAUAGAUGAUGAUGUUUAUUUUUGUUAAUUCUCUUUAUUUCUGUGUAAAAAUAUACUUUCUAUUAUGAGUCAGCUUGAAUCGAAGGGGAGGCUUAA